AUGCAACGCUGGCGCGAGACCACGCGCCUGCUCGUGGACCUUGGCCUGGUGCCCAGCCCCGGCCUCGACUUCGAUGUGAGGGAAGCAUGGGAGUCGGACUGGCUCCCAGGAGGUCAGGCCCUUUCUGCCUACGUGAAUAAUUUCCUCUCCGGAACGCCGGAGAAAGCGGAGCGUAACCUGGACCGUUAUCGCAAAGACCGGGCUGAUGCGAGGAGCUCAAUUCAAGCAAACUCCUUUGCCUUGGUUCUCCUGGAUGGCGACCAUAUGCUGUUCCAAGACGAAUUUAUCCGGUCCGGAGCUGACGGUGGCCACCAGGCCGCGCAAAGCCUGCUCCAGGCCGUCAAGUCGCACCUGGACGUGCUGAUGGCCGGCAGAAACAUCGUCGUGCGCGUGUACGCCGACUUUGUAGGUCUCGCCGGAGCCUACAGGGACGCGGGCACUGUCUUCCCGGGCGGCCCCUCUUGGAACUCGAUCGACGAGUUUGUCUGGGACUUCAACACGCCGGAUUCCAACGCACCGGAUUUGCUGUGCGCCAUGAUCGACGCAGGCAAGGGGGAGGGAUGCACCGACGCAAAGGUCAAGGCUGACUUCGGCCUCAAUUUCGGCGACAGCUCCAGCAAUAAGCCACCCUCCCACAUCACGCUACCCGCCACGCCGUCGUUCGAACACGCCAGCGUUUCUGCUGCUGCUGCUGCUGCUUUAGCCACUGCCAAACCAAGUCCCUCCUCCGUCGCGGUUACGGAGUCGGGCGCGGUCGUGGCGUGGGAGGCACUACCGCAAACCGCCGCCGUCCCGCCGCCGUCCGGGGACGAAACCCAAGCCCCGGUCCUCCACGAAUGGGUUAACGUCGGGAGCGCCGCCCCGCCGCCGCCGCCGCCACCGCUCGGUUUUGGCCCGGCUCUCGUGCUGCGACCGGGGCCUGGACUGCACCGACCCGAGGAAAUGCACAAUGCGGAUGCCACUUCCGUGUGA